AUGCCUCGUCCUGAGCACUUGACGGUGCUCCUAGCAAUUCUGGCGACCGUCGCGGGUCAGCUCGACUUGCCACCCCUUUACGAAACACAAUCAAGAGGAAACUUUGACCGGGGGAGAAUCGAGCUGAGCCUCGAGCCCUUACAGGAAGACAAGGAACAAGACUCGAAGGGCAAGCCACACUUUAAUAACGUCGACGUGCCCGCCCUUUUGCAGGAAAUCGACGACCUCGGCACUCAGCAGUGCACCAGCAACGUUCUCGCGCAGUGGAAUUACGAGACGGAUGUUAACGAGGUGUCACAACUCUCUGCUUUGCAAGAGCAGUUGGAGUACGCGCGAUUUCAACACGCAGUUUGGGAAGUGAUCAAUAAGAUUCCACUGGAGCAUGUAAAGGACCGAAAGUUCCGGCGCGAACUACAGCACUUGGCAACAGUUGGACCUGCCGCACUCCCACCAGAUCUUCUUGACAGGUACCACCACCUGAUCAACGACAUGCUCGCGGUUUACAACACGGCCACCAUCUGCGCCCACCACGACCCCUUCAAAUGUGGAUUACGCCUCGAGCCAGAGUUGACUUUAAUUAUGGCGCGGAGUCGAGACUGGGACGAGCUGCAGUACGUAUGGUUCGAGUGGCGCAGACGGACCGGCCAGAAAAUUAGGGACCUCUUUGAACAAAUGGCCCAUGUCAGCAACCAAGCGGCUCAAAUGAACAAUUUCACGGACACCGGGGAGUAUUGGAUGUUUCCGUACGAGUCACCCACCUUCCGGUUCGACGUUGAGGACGCCUGGGAUGAAAUUAAGCCACUUUAUGUGCAGCUGCACACCUACGUGAGGCGCAAACUUCGCGAUCACUAUGGACCGGAGAAAAUUCACCGCAGGGCUCCCAUCCCCGCACAUAUUCUCGGAAACAUGUGGGGCCAAUCGUGGGGAAAUAUUUUGGACGUUACGAUUCCAUAUCCUGGAAAACACUUCAUCGACGUGACACCUGAAAUGCAAGCCCAGGGAUAUACGCCAGUAACAAUGUUUAAAAUCGCCGAACAGUUUUACUUGUCACUGAAUAUGACUCCGAUGCCGCCCGAGUUUUGGGAAAAGUCAAUUUUUGAGGAGCUGCCUGACAGACACGUGAUUUGCCAACCAAGUGCUUGGGACUUUUGUAACGGAAAAGAUUACAGAAUAAAAAUGUGCGCUCAUGUGAAUAUGAAAGAUCUUGUGACGGCGCAUCACGAGAUGGCACACAUCCAGUACUUCAUGCAUUACAACCAUUUACCAAAAGUGUUUAGGGACGGCGCAAAUCCAGCGUUUCAUGAGGCAGUUGGAGAUGCGAUAGGACUGUCGAUUUCUACGCCUGAACAUUUGCAGUCGCUGGGUCUGCUAACUCGAUCAGUGGACCAUUUGGCGCACGACAUAAACUUUCUGUUUUCGCAAGCGCUAGACAAGCUGCCCUUUAUGGCGUUUGCGCUCACCAUGGAUACUUGGCGAUGGGACGUUUUCGGGGGUGGUGCAAUCGGAAAGGACAGAUACAACUGCCACUGGUGGCGACUAAGAGAAAAAUAUUCAGGAGUGAAGCCACCGUUGCUCCGAUCAGAAAUCGAUUUUGACCCUGGAUCAAAAUAUCACGUUCCUGCCAAUGUACCUUACAUCAGGUACUUUGUGGGUAGCGUCUUGCAAUACCAAAUUCACAGAGCUUUGUGCAUUAAAGCGGGUCGCUACGACCCUGACGACCCGCACCACAAGCCCUUGCACAAGUGCGAUAUCAGCAGGAGCCACGCGGCUGGGGAACUUUUAAAAAAAAUGAUGUCAAUGGGGUCGAGCAGGCCGUGGCAAGACGCCCUUUACGAAAUAACAGGGGAGAGGAAGUUGAAUCCAUCAGCCUUGCUCGAGUACUUCCACCCGUUGCAAGAGUGGUUGCGAAAGGAAAAUUUACGGACGCAAGAGUUCAUUGGCUGGCUUUACGAUGGGGAUUACUGCAAACACAGUAUAGAGACUGCGGGACUGCAAGUGUACGGAGGAUUCUACAACACGGCCAAAUCUCUUCAACCAUCGUUGUUUUCAGUAUUGUUGGUGACACUCACGUGCUAUAUUUAUUUAUUAUACUGAUGUUGAUAUUUUAUCAUUAAAAACUUAUGUUCU